ACGGGAGAAAUAUUCCUCCAUGGAUUUCGGUGAGGCACCGGCGCUUUAGUGCAGAGAAGCCCAAAAAAAGAGAGAUCCAAUCAUGAUUUGGGUCGCGUUUUUACCAUUUUUCAUUCCGUGCGCGGUGGGGAACAGAACCGCGGAGCUGGUGCCGUUUUUCCACGGCCACGUCUUUGAGAACUCGGCUCCGGGCUCCCGGGUCAACGGGCUGAGCGUCCCGUUGAAGCGGCUCAACUCGCAGCGGCUGUGCGGUCCCGGGGAGCCCGGAUCGUCCGCGGCGCACUUCAAACUCCUGGGAGAAGGCAGCGACAAUUUCCGCGUCUUCGCCCACCACAAGCGGGGACAUAUUCUCCUGAAAACCUCCGGGGUUCUGGACCGGGAGGAGCGGGCUGAGUACGCGCUGGGUCUGGGUUUGUGCUGUGGCCAGUGCGCGGGACUCUCCCGUGAGCAAGAAGAGGAGCCUCCGCUCUCCUCUCAGGUGGCCUCCAUAAAAGUGGAUGUUCUGGACACUAACGACCACCAGCCCACUUUCCCAGAUGUGAGCGUGAGGCUGAGCCUGGACGAUGCCACCGCGCUCCGCACGGCCGUCUACUCGCUCACCGCGCGCGAUGCCGACAGCGGCAAGAACGCCGAGCUCAUCUACUUCGCUCUUCCCAGAAACGGGAGUUUCUACGCAGUGCCCAAGAGCGGAGACAUCCUCCUGGUCGACUCCAUCCUCGGUCUGGACGAGCCCAUCAAGUUUCACGUGUUUGCCCGGGACCGCGGAUGGCCGCCGCGCACGAGUCAGAGCAUCGCGGUGGAAAUAUACCCGCGGCAGUGGCCCGUGGCGCCCUCUCUCACUCCACACGCACGGAAACCGGCGGCACGAAAGUCCCGCUCGGUGCUGGAGUCAGACAACCCGGUGUUCAUUAACGUGUCCGAGGACGCGGGGAUUGGAUCGGUCGUCAUGAACCUGAACCCGGUGCGGUUCCAGUCGGCCACGUUCGAGCUGAUGGAGCCCGACGCGGAGAGCUCCCCGGUGAGCGUGAGCCGGGACACCGGGGAUAUAGUCAUAUCGCGGAGACUGGACCGGGAGACCGAGCCUCUGGUGGAGAUCGCGGUGAAGGUGCAGGAUAAAAGAGGUCCAGAGUGGUACCUGGUGCGAGUGGAGCUGACUGUGACGGAUGUAAACGACAAUAUCCCCGAGUGGAGCAUGGUCCCCGCUCCAUACCUCGCUGUGGUGUCGCCGGACGCUGCUGCCGGGUCACUCGUCUACAAGCUCUACGCUCAGGACGGGGAUGAAGGCAACAACGGUGAAGUGGAGUACUUCCUCUCUGACGGAGGCGACGGGCGUUUCGAGGUGGACCGGAAGAACGGCCAGGUCCGGACCACGGGUCUUCCCCUGCAGCGGGACCGGGAGUACCUGCUGACCGUGGUGGCCGCCGACAGGCUGGGCAGCCGCAGCGCCCCCGCCGUCCUGUCCGUGGUCGCUGGAGACCGCCCCCCGCAGUUCGCCAAUGCCUCCUUCACCAUCGCCAUUCCAGAAAACACCCCCGAAGGACAACCCUUCCUGGUCACACCAGCCGUGUCCUUCCAGAAGAAACCAAUCACCUACAGCCUCCUCAUCAAUCCCAGCAGCCUCUUCUCCAUCUCAGCCGAGACGGGUGAAAUCAGCCUGACUCGCCCCAUCGACUACGAGAGCGACCAGCACCGCUACUUGCUGUUGGUGCGAGCCAGCGAGGGAGUGGAGAGCAUGAGCAGCGCAGCCGAGGUACGAGUUGUUAUUGUGGAUGAAAACGACUGCAUUCCAGAAUUCCUCCAGUCGAUUUACAGCAAGGACGGCGUGCCGGAGACCGUCACGACAGCGACCUCCCUGCUGCAAGUGUCAGCUAACGACUGUGACUCAGAGGAGAAUGCAGAGUUGACUUAUUACACCCUGAGUCCGGACUUCACCAUCUCGCCUCAUGGGACCAUCUUCCCGGCGGGACCACUGGAUUAUGAGAGACCGAACCACCUCUACGAAUUUGUUGUUAUGGCCAUCGACAAAGGGGAGGUCCCUCGCACUGGCACCGCCACCGUCCGCAUCAGGAUGGCCAACGUCAAUGAUGAGGCUCCGGAGUUUUCCCAACAUAUAUAUCGAACGUUUGUCUCGGAGGACGCGGGGCCCAACACGCUGGUUGCCACGGUGCUGGCCAAGGACCCCGAUGGAGACGGGAUCACCUAUAAGAUCACAACGGGAAACGAUGAAGGGAACUUCGUCAUCGACAGCCAGAAAGGUCUGAUCCGGCUGCGCUCCAGCCCGCCUCCCCGCCUCCAGGGUGUUGAGUACGUCCUUAACGUCACGGCCACGGACGACAACGCCUCAGGCGGCCCGCAGGCCCUGUCGUCCACGGCCCAGGUCGUCGUCGGAGUGGACGACGUGAAUAACAACAAGCCCGUCUUCGAGAAGUGUCAGCAGUAUCGGGAGAGCACCUCGGUCCUGGAGAACCAGCCAGCGGGGACGUUCGUUCUGCAGGUCCACGCCGUGGACGCCGACGAGGGCUCCAACGGCAGGGUCACGUAUGGCUUCAUGCACAAGGACUCCACUGUGCCGGCGUUCAGCAUCCACCCAGAUACAGGGGUAAUUGUGACAGCCAGGAAAUUUGAUCGUGAACGCCAGCGGGAGUACGCAGUGACAGUGACAGCGACUGACCAGGCGGCUGACCCCCUGAUUGGCAUUUGUCAGCUCAACAUCCUCAUCUUGGACCAGAAUGACAACAGCCCAAAGUUUGAGAACCUCCGAUAUGAAUACUUCCUUCGUGAGGACACGAUGAUCGGAACAAGCUUCCUGCGAGUGGCGGCUCACGAUGACGACUUUGGCACCAACGCAGCCAUCACUUACUCCAUGUCGGAGGAACAGCCGGAGUACCUCAGGGUCAACCCUCUAACAGGCUGGGUGUAUGUAAACCAGCCCAUCUCGCAGAGAACUUACAUCACCAGGGAAAUCGUGGCCACGGACGGCGGAAACAGGAGCAGUUCGGUGGAGCUGGCGGUCACCAUCACCAACGUGAAGAACCAGCCUCCGCAGUGGGAGAAGGACAGCUACAGCGUGGUGAUACCGGAGAACACCGUGCGAGACACGCCCAUCGUGACCAUCAAGGCCACGUCUCCGCUGGGGGAUCCCAGGGUCACCUACAAUCUGGAGGACGGGAUGGUGCCGGAGACCAACAUGCCGGUUCGCUUCUACCUGACCCCCAACCGGGAGGACGGCUCGGCCUCCAUCCUGGUGGCCGAGCCGCUGGACUACGAGACCACCAGGAACUUCAUGCUGCGGGUUCGAGCUCAGAACGUCGCCGCUGUGCCGCUGGCUGCCUUCACCAUGGUGUACAUCAACGUCACAGAUGUCAAUGACAACGUGCCGUUCUUCACGUCCUCAAUCUACGAGGCCUCCAUCACCGAGGGGGCCGAAUCAGGGACUCUGGUUUUUCAGGUUUCAGCCAACGACAUGGACCUGGGUCUCAACGGGAAGAUCUCCUACUCCCUGCUGGAGGAUCGCAGUGGAGACCAUCAGUACUUCCGGAUCGAGCCAGAGUUGGGCUUCAUCUACUCUCAGACGGUGUUUGACCGUGAGACCAAAAGCUCCUACCUGUUGGAGGUUCAAUCUGUGGACGGCUGGGAGUCGGCACGGCCCGGGAAGCAUGGGCAGCCCAACUCAGACACGGCCUACGUCCGUGUUUUCAUCAGCGACGUGAACGAUAACAAGCCCGUGUUCGCUCAGGCGUCCUACGAGGUCGACGUGGAUGAGGACGCCGACAUCGGCUUUGCGAUUCUAACAGUGAGCGCCAACGACGGGGAUGAAGGUGGAAAUGCAAAGCUUCGCUACCAGAUCACAUCGGGAAACACAGGAGGAGUGUUUGAUGUGGAACCAGAAGUCGGCACCAUCUUCAUCGCCCAGCCGCUGGACUAUGAACAGAACAAACGGUACAAGCUUCAUGUCCUGGCCUCAGAUGGGAAGUGGGAGGAUUACACCACCGUGACGGUGAACGUGGUGAACAAGAACGACGAGGCUCCGGUGUUCACUGUGAACGAGUACUACGGCAGUGUGACGGAGGAGCUGGACGGCUCUCCAGUGUUCGUCUUACAGGUAACAGCGUCCGAUCCGGAUAAGGAUGCUGACCAGGAGGCCCUGCGUUACUCCCUCCACGGCCAGGGAGCAGAGAGCGAAUUUAUAAUAGAUGAGGUCACGGGGAAGAUCUACGCCCAGCGGACCCUGGACCGGGAGGAGCGUGCCGUUUGGCGUUUCGUGGUCCUGGCUACAGAUGAGGGCGGCGAGGGUCUGACGGGCUUCACGGACGUCAUCAUCAACGUGUGGGACAUCAACGACAACGCGCCCGUCUUCACCUGCGCCCCCAGCUGCCACGGAGACGUGACGGAGAACUCUGCGGCGGGGACGUCGGUGAUGGAGAUGACGGCGACCGACCUGGACGACUCUGCCGUGGGCCAGAACGCCGUGCUCUCCUACCGGAUGGUCGGCAUUUUAGAUGGCACCAACGCCGAGGUGGGAGGAGUGCCCACCUUCACAGAGAUGUUCGCCAUCAACCCCACCACGGGGACCAUCACCGUGGGCAUGGGGGGCCUGGACAGGGAGCAGGUGGAGUCCUACCUCUUGCUAGUGGAGGCCAGGGACGGCGGCGGGAUGACGGGAACUGGAACCGUCACCGUUCAGAUUAAAGACGUGAACGAUCACGCGCCGAGAUUCACCGAUCACUCCUGCCAGGCGAGGAUCUCUGAGAACGCAGAGCCGAAUGCAGAGGUCCUGGAGCUGGCUGCAGAGGACAGAGACACUGGAGAAAACGCCCAGCUGACCUUCAGCGUGGUGGCUGGGGACCAGGAGCAGAAGUUCUUCAUGGUCAGCCACAAGCAGGAGCAGCGCGGCACCCUGCGGCUCAAGAAGCGGCUGGACUACGAGCGGCACAGCGAGCAGAGGUUCAAUCUGACGCUGAAGGUGGAGGACCUGGACUUCUCCAGCCUGCUGCACUGUGUGGUGGAGGUUGAGGACUAUAACGAUCACGCUCCAGUCUUCAUCCCACACUUCCUGUCGCUCGCCCCGCUCCCUGAGGACAUCAGCGUGGGAACCAGCGUGGCCCGUUUGGUAGCCAGCGACUCGGACUCGGGCCAGAACCGAGACAUCACCUACAGCCUGUCCGAGGACUCUGCCUCUGAGGGCCUGUUCACCGUGGACCAGUCGGGAGUGCUCUCGGUGGCCCGGCCUCUGGAUCGGGAGAAGACGGCGCAGCAUCACCUGGUCAUCGUCGCCACGGAUCACGGCGUUCCGCCCCUGUCCGGCAGCGCCACGGUUCAGCUUCCACUGCUGGAUGUGAACGAUAACGGGCCGGAGUUCGAAGCCGUGUACGCACCGGUCGUGUUUGAGAAUGUGGCGGGACCACAGGUGGUGAGAAUGAACCAAACCUCCACCCUCCUCCGAGCCGUCGAUCUGGACUCUGCGGAGAACGGCCCGCCCUUUCACUUCACCGUGCCGUCCGAGUACCGCCACAGCAACGACUUCUACCUCCAAGACAACCUCAACGGCACGGCCACGCUCACGGCCCUGAGGACCUUCGACCGCGAGCGCCAGAAGGAGUUCCUCAUACCCAUCGUCAUGAGCGACAGCGGGCGUCCCGCCAAAACCGUGACCAGCACCCUGACCGUGACCAUCGGCGACCAAAACGACCACGCGCACGUGGCGGGCGAGAAGAAGAUUUUCAUCAACAGUCACAGAGGCCGCAUGCCGACCACAGUGCUCGGGAAGGUCUACUCUCCCGACCCCGAUGACUGGGACAAUAAGACGUAUGUCUUUGAAGGCCACGUGCCGAGCUACUUCAUCCUGAACAAGCGAACAGGUUUCCUGAUCAUCAAGGAGAACGCCCCGCCCGGGACGUACCAGUUUCAUGUCCGCGUGUCGGACGUUUGGCCGGACGCCGUCUCCACCAUCACCAUACACGUGCGGGAGCUGCGAGACGACGCCAUCUACAACUCGGGAUCCCUGCGUCUGGCAGACAUCACUGCGAAGGAGUUCAUGCGAGCCUGCGGGGGAUGAAGCCCGGAGCCGCUACGAGCUGCUCGUGACUUCCUGUCCGAGAUGCUCUCCGUGCCGCCCGACGACGUCAACAUCUUCAGCCUGAUCGACGGAAAGGAGCGAAUGCUCGCCGUGCGUUUCGCCGUGCACGGCGGGCCUUUUAUGAAGACAGAAAGAAAUCACGGCUGGCCGGCUGCGGCUGAGCUGCCGCUGCAGUCCUUCCUCCAGGUCAGCGUGUCCCAGGUGCGGGUGGACGAGUGUCCCGGCUCGGACUGCGCCAGCUCGGGAGGCUGCACCAGCGUCCUCAACGUGCGUGACACGCCCACCGUGGUGGAUUGCGGGACCAUGAGCCUGGUGUCGGUGACGGUGGAGUCCUCGGCCGUGUGCUCCUGCCCGGGCAGAGAGCAAACCCAUCAGCCCUGUGCCGCAUAUCCCAGAAACCCCUGCUUCAACGGCGGAGUGUGUGUGGACACGCAGCACGGAUACAGGUGCCAGUGCCCGGCUCAGUUCGAGGGGCCUGAAUGCCAGCAGAACAAGCACAGUUUCCAAGGCAACGGCUAUGCCUGGUUUCCUCCCAUGAUGCCCUGCUUCGAGAGCCACGUGUCGCUGGAGUUCAUCACAGACGUGGCCGACGGACUGCUGCUGUACAGCGGGCCGCUGGCCCAGCUGCAGGCCUGGGACCAUGAGGACUUCAUGGCUCUGGGUCCAGAGUGGUACCUGGUGCGAGUGGAGCUGACUGUGACGGAUGUAAACGACAAUAUCCCCGAGUGGAGCAUGGUCCCCGCUCCAUACCUCGCUGUGGUGUCGCCGGACGCUGCUGCCGGGUCACUCGUCUACAAGCUCUACGCUCAGGACGGGGAUGAAGGCAACAACGCCUGCCAUGCCAACUGCAUCGUCUUCGGCGUUCGGCCUGCCAUGUCUGUGUAA